AUGAUUCCCUCCGAAAGCACGAUUGCAGAGUUCCUGGCCUUUGCGCCAGAGGCAGACGAGGGCAAGGCCUUUGUGUUCCUUGAGGGGUCGGAGAGCAUCCAGGCAGCAGUGGAGAGCUUCUAUGCCGAUCCAGACAAAUACUCCAACGCCCAGAUUGCAGACGCCAAGACCAGCGGGGAGAAACCGAUCGACAAGAAGAUCGAUGGAAACAAUGAUGUGCUUCCCCCGGCGUACACGCUUCCUGCUGGAUACGUACCCUCGCACACGAACCCGGUCAUCCACGCCGCUCUGGUGCGAGCGCGCGAUGAGCAAGAAAUGCAGACCCUGCUGCAGCAGGUGCAGAUCAACAACCGUAUCUACAACAGCGACAUCGAACCGGAGCACGAGGUAGACAUAUACUGCAACUGCGACAUCCACCAGUACCAGCGGCGGAAAUGGACGCGGCUGGGCGUGCAGAACCUGUGGUCGUCGGCGGUGAUGUACCCGGGCGAAAAGGCAUACAGCGACUGCGACCGGAGCGUGUUCGCGAGUAAUCCGUACAUGUACAUCCCUUCGCCGUUUUCACGGCAAUAUACGGGUAUGUUUGGCCCGCGGAUCAGUCCCCAGAUGUACGCGACUUCGAUCCAUUCGACCAUCUCGUUGAACGCGCGGUUGAACGCCGAGGCGCAGAACGCCGUGAACAGCCGGGAACCAAAACACAGCAUCUGGGACGGCGGCGCGGCGCUGGAGUCGGCCAUGGCGGAGUUGACUCUGGCGCAGGAGAGACAGAAGCGGAGCGGCAGCGGCAAGCCGUCGAAACUCGCGGGUUUGAAAAGGGCAUUAUCGAUCAGAACACCGGAAGAAAAAGAACUGCAGCGGCUGGCGAACGAAAAGACCCACGCGGCAGAACUGCGCACCGCGAUUCUCAGGGAGGAGGAGGGCCGCUGGCCGGAUCCCACGUGGCGGCACAUCGUCGUCGCCUACCAGGAGAAAGUAGGGAUGAGGCAGAAGAUCUCCGGCCUGCGCCUGAACCAACCGAUCCAGUACCUCCAUCUGCUGCGGGCGGGGUACUUCGAACCGAUCCCCGUCGCAUGGGCGAACCUGGUUUCGAACCCGUUGAAGUUCAGCAUCGAGGCCGCGUCGGGAUGGCGAGGCAUCACCCCCGCCUGGCGCGGGUACGAAGACACAGCCGAAGAACGGCUGUACUGGGUAUUGAACCAUCGCGAGGGCUCUGCAGCCGCGCGCAUGAAGCCCGAUCUCAUCUCCGCGCUGGACAUGGCGCGCCGGCGCAUGGCGUCUGCCGUGGAACCACCCCCGGCGUAUUUCUCUGCGGACGAUACCUGCCAUCUGCAACAUACCUCGGACGGAUACUCGAAGCAGGUCAUGCCGCCGCCGUUCCGGGCGUACGAUGCGCCCGAGGUGGCUUCCGACGAUACCAUGAUUCUCCUGGACGUCUCUGGGUCGAUGGACUUUACUCCCAUGAGGCCGAAUUACGACGGAUACCUUAUAACGGGGUACUCACGGUCGACGCAGCCAAAGAAUAAGGAUGUCGCCAAAGCGAUAGUCCGCCGGUUCACGGAUGCAAUGAUCAACCACGACCGCAACAGAGGAGGGUACGAACUGGUGACGUUCUCCAGCCACGCGACGCCAAUGGGAUACAUCCACCACACGAAUCUCGAGACGCAAUGGAACAACAUCCGGUUCGGGGGCGGGACCCGCGUCAUGACAGGCUGGCAGAUGGUCAAGGAGCUGCAUUUCCAGAAACACGCGCAGUCGGCGACGCAUCACCCCGUAUACGGGUGGCAGGCGGGGCCGAAGACACCCAUGCUCCGCCUCCUCCUCCUGCUUGACGGCGAGGCCACGGACAUGGACGAGUUCGAGCUGGACCUCCUCAGUUUGUCGUGGGUGCAUGUCACCAUCUUCCUGAUCGGCGUGGACGGGUGUCCGCACCACCAUCGGCAUGCGAACGAGCUGCAGCGGAUCAGCGAGGUGAAUCACCACGUCUCGUUUGUCGAUGCGCAGGGCAACACGCCUGAACGGUUCGUCACGCAUGAAUUACUAAAGAGACAUCUGGGGUAUGAUGUCUCGAUGGCUGAAUUCGAGCGUCUCGAACUGCCGCCGGCCUACGAAGAGUGA